AUGUACUUUAAUGUAGGAUAUGUCCUAUAUAUUGUACUAGUAACGCCUGUAUUUUGUAGGAGGUUCUCGUUUUUAAACACUUCUGCGCUGAAAGGCCAGGGCUUUGAUAGGUCACAUCUCCCCGAAGCAAAGCUGCGCCGUUUGGGACGGAUUACGCCAUGCAAUGCGGCAAAGAGGACAGGAGUAUGUGUACCUGAGGAUGUUGCGCUAUUUGGAAACACUGUAAUAUCCUACGAGUGCCUGUAUACGAAGGACGGUCGCACGCAGACGGGAGAUGAAUGGGAGACAGAAAUGACACAGGACGCACUUCGUGCUGAAAGGGUCAAAAAGAAGAAGCCAAAGAAGGUAAAGCGUUUGGGAAUGUUUGAUGAUGAACCUGAUUCCGGUUUUAAAAAGAUCACACUCCCACCUCCUUAUAACACAACAGAGAUGCUCUUGCGUGAAGGGACUCCAUACUUGACCAUAAGUUCAUGGAUUCCUGGUUUAAAUGUAGAUGACAUAAAGGUUAUCGUCGAUUAUUCCGGGAAAUUAGUGAAUACUGAAUCAUACACAGAUGAAGUUGUCAAGGAAAUUCCAAACUCCCCUCAAGUUUUAGAAUAUUAUCAAACAUCGGAAGAAGUGCCUCCACCAUUUGAACAACACAAGUAUUCAUACAACAGUACCUAUAAUGAUCUUUUUAAUCGCAUGGCAGGUCCAGAUUACGAAUUUACGGAAAUCGCACCCGAAGGUAAAAAGCCUCCACUCAUAUUUAUAAAUGUUCCCAAAAACACACUUGUUAAACAAUGGGAACGUGCUACAUUCCGGUCCAGACGUGACCCAAAAGAAAGACAAAAAUAUUCGCGAAUACAACGUGCAUACAGACCGUUUGCACAUAUUGACCUGAGAACUCCUUCAUGUGUCUACAAAGAGGGAACCCUGCAGUUGGUAUUCAAACUCACUCAUAUACCACCUCCCCCUGAUGCAUAUAAUGUCUACAAUCUACCUGUACUACAAGAUGGAGAAAUCAAGGAAUUCAGAACCCUCAACCUUGGCGCAGUUCACGGGUGGAUGUACAAUUGGCACCACUUUAGAAAAUACGAUCUCAGCUUUGAUCUGUCAAAGAUGUAUAUUGAAACGGAGAAUAUAGAAGUUCCCCCGCCAGAUUUUGUGUUUGAUAUGACACCAAAACAAGUUCGCCAGUUUAUGCGCGAUGCUGAUGCGGCAGAGAAAAAGGCUCUAAAAUGA